AUGGUUUCUGCUGCCAUUCCGGUCGAUAACAACCGACUUCUUCCAGAUGUUAUUGAUCUCCGUGCACAGAGAAGUCCACAGGACAUAUUCGCAAGAGUCCCGAGUUCCACUGCUACAUAUGGAUCCGGAUUCCGAUCGGUCACGAUUCUUGAACUUUCAAAUGCCAUCAAGAGAGUAGCAUGGCUGCUCGAAGAGCAUCUGGGAAAAGGCCAGGACCAUGAGACUUUGGCAUACAUUGGGCCCAACGAUCUGCGCUAUUCUAUCAUUGUCAUUGCUGCUGUAAAAGCUGGUUACAAGACAUUUCUGCCAUCUCCCAGAAACAGCAAAGCGGCCCACAUCUCCCUCCUUUCACGGCUUGCAUGCAAGAUAUUAGUUACUACCAAUCCGGAGCCUCCUUGUGUUCCCAUGAUUCUAGAAGACUACAGCAUGCGAAAGCUUCAGAUUCCUUCUCUCGUUGAGUUGCUUGCAAGCCACGACGUACCGCACUAUCCCUAUGAAAAGACAUUCGAAGAAGCAAAAUAUGACCCAGCAUUCAUCUUACAUACAUCGGGGUCCACAGGUUGUAUCCCCAAGCCUCUAGUGUACAAUCACUCCUUCAUCACACGUAUUGCAAAUGUUACAUCUCUUCCUCCGCCUGAAGGCUUUCAAAGCUUGGAUAGAUUUUUUCGUUCAGGAAGCUUCUUUAUGACCUUGCCUGGGUUCCACGUUGCUGGCAUAGGCUUCUCGCUCAUCGUGCCUGCAUUCAACAGUUCUAUCCCCGUCUACCCUCUCCCAGGGCCUCCCCCGACAACCGCCGCUUUCAUUGAGGCUAUACAGAACGCCACAAUUGACUGGGCGUUCUUGCCACCAGUGGUGAUUGAUGAGCUGGGUAAAGACCCCGCAUUGCUAGAAGCAGUAGCCAGCAAGCUGAAGUAUCUUUACUACACCGGGGGUAGUGUCCCAAGAUCAUCAGGUGAUGCUGUUGCAGCUCGGAUGCCACUUUAUCAGGUAAUGGGAUCCAGCGAAUGUGCCACAUUCCCGCUAUUGAGACAGGGGCAAGAUGAAGACGGCCACGACUGGAACUACAUUCAGGUUCACCCCACUGUCCAAGCUGAAUUUCGACACCGUUUCGAGGACCUGCACGAGCUUGUCGUAGUGAGGACUUUGGAGAACGAGUCCUACCAACCGGUGUUCCUUCACUUCCCCGAUCUAAAGGAGUACGAGACACGAGAUCUCUUCACGCCGCAUCCGACUAAACCAGGGCUUUGGACCCAUCGAAGCCGGGUUGACGACGUCAUCGUGUUUUUGAACGGAGAGAAGACAAAUCCUGUCUCUUUUGAGCACGAAGUCGCCAAGCAUCCCGAAGUAAGAACUGCGUUAGUGGUCGGACAGCAACGUUUCGAAGCUUCGCUCUUAGUUGAGCUAGUUGAUGACAGUGCCGCUUCACCCACAGAGCGCCUCGAGAUCGUUGACCAGAUAUGGCCUACUGUGCAAAAGGCGAACAGCCAGUGUCCUGCUCAUGCAAGAGUCUCCAAGUCGAAGAUCAUACUAGUGGAUCCUACAAGGCCAAUGCUCCGCGCUGGAAAAGGAACCGUCCAGCGGCAGGCAACGCUGGACUUGUAUUCGAAGGUGUUAGACGAGGUCUAUGCUGAGGAUGACUUGAUCGUCUCAACUAUUCCGGCAGAAGACAUUGUCAGUGAGCGUUUUGUUGCCGAUACCGUUCGGGAAGCGGUGAGGGGUGUGACUGAAUGGGCUCAAUUCAACGACGAUGACGAGUUCUUCUCCCUAGGAAUGGAUUCUCUGCAAGUCCUCAAAUUGAGGCGCCAGCUCAAGGCGAAGUUGCCGCAAAAUAUCGGCUUGGCAACCAUUUAUGGAAACUCUUCGAUUACACUACUGGCGAAAGAGCUCUGGAGAUUGGCAUCUCAGACCCAAUCAUCAGCAUCUGAUCUUCAAGGAACCACACUGGAAGAAAUUACCGCAACGAUUCAAAGAUACGUCAAUCAAAUAGACCCCGUCGCAACGCCUCCCAAAAAGGACUCACAUCCGAUCGUGAAACCGAUAGCUGCAUCCGAAGUCGUGCUUCUCACAGGAUCAACGGGUACCUUGGGGUCAUUCUUACUUCAAGAUCUUCUCUCCCAGGCGAACGUUGCUCAUAUUUACUGUCUGAAUCGAGCCGCAAACUCCGAAUCACUCCAAACAUCCCGAAAUCAAGCACAUCAACUUCCCACAAACUUUCCUUCCAACCGUGUCACAUUCUUAACAGCCGAUCUCUCGAAAGACAACUUCGGCCUCGAAAAGAGCCUAUACGAUACACUCCUCUCAACAACAACCCAGAUCAUCCACAACGCCUGGCCCGUCGACUUCAACCGCACGCUCCCCUCCUUCAACCCCAGCCUCUCCGGCGUCGUCGCUCUCAUCUCUUUCGCUGCUCGCUCCCCACAGUCUCCGGCCCUAUUCUUCAUGUCCUCAAUCAGCGCCACGAUCAACUACCAUCAGACAACGGACAGCGCGCCAAUGAUCCCAGAGUCCGUGAUCAUGGACCCCGCCUGUGCAGCCCCAAUGGGAUACGGACAGAGCAAGUACGUCGCCGAGCGCCUCCUCGACUAUGCCUCCCAUAAACUCGGUCUCAACGCCACCGUCGUCCGUAUCGGCCAAAUCGCAGGGACGGCAGAGAACCCGCGUGGCUGGAGCCGUAAUGAGUGGCUCCCGAGCUUAGUGAUUAGCUCGCGUUUCAUAAGCGCACUACCGGAGUCGCUGGGCGCGAUGGAUGAGGUUGACUGGGUGCCGAUCGAUAUGCUGUCUGGUGUGCUGAUAGACCUCGUUCUCGGGCUCCAUGAAGGCAAGGCGGGUGACGGAUUACAGGUAUUCCAUGCUGUCAAUCCUUCUGUUGUUUCGUGGGAGACGCUGCUUCCGACGGUUAGAGAGGUGUUGAGCGAGGACGGAGAGGUUACUGUGGUACCUUUCCCCGCCUGGCUGGACCUGUUGAAAUUACAAAGCGUAGAAGUGAGCGAUGGGGGUGAUUCGGAGAUCAGUGCGGAGACGCUGCGACGGAACCCGGGGAUGAAGCUUAUUGGGUUCUAUGAUGAGCUGCUGACGGAUGGCCGAGUUGAGGCACGAACGAAGAUGGAUUUGACUCGCACGCUGCAAGCUAGCGAGUCGAUGAAGAAACUGGAGCCCAUACAGAAGGAGUGGAUAGGAGGAUGGGUCCGGAACUGGGUGGCUAGCAGUUGAAGUAUGCUACGUUCCACGAAGAGAUACAAGGGUAUCCCAAGAGUAUGUAAUGGGGUAGAACACUAGACUAUAUCAUUGCUUUUUAAAACCGGGGAAGACAUGAUGUCACAAGCAUAUGAUACUGGCGAAGCAGUCUGGGCGUCUAGGUAGUGACUUGUGGGAUGCACCUCAGUACAGACCAGGAAUCAUGCAUAUUCGGUUUGUAUAGCGUAGCAUUCUAUUCGCUAGUGCUC